CAGCAGCAGCAGCAACACAGCGGGAAAGUCCUUGCUGCAGCUGCAUCACGAGAGACAGAAGCAGCAGCAGCAGCAGCAGCAGCAGCGGGGCAGAAGGCGCAGCAGUAGCAGCAGCAGCAGCGGCAGCAGCAGCAGCAGCGGCAGCAGCAGCGGCUCCGGCAGAUGCAGCAGCAGCAGCAGCAGCAAGGGGGUACGAGCAACUCCUCAGCCGCAGCUGCAUGCAUUGGCGACGCGACUGAGGACUGCCGCAGUGGCUUUGAAGACAGCUGCAGCAGCAGCAGCAGCAGCAUCACCAGGAGCAACAGCAGCAGCAGCAGCAGCAUCAACAGGAGCAACAGCAGCAGCGGCAGCAUCAACAGGAGCAACAGCAGCAGCAGCACUCAGAACAGCAGCGGCAGACAGCAGCAGCACUCAGAACAGCAGCGGCAGACAGAACAACCUCUGCAGCAGCGGCAGUCUCAGUGGCAGCAGCAGCAUGGCCGGCGGCGGGAGCGGCAGCAACAGCAGCAGCAGCAGCAGCAGCAGCAGCAACAGCAGCUACGAGUCUGCCAGCUGCUGGAUGCCUGCAGUGCCUACAGCGGGCAGAGUGCCGUUAGCUGCUGCUGCUGCUGCUGGCACUCUGGAGGAGAGUCAGCAACCUCUGGCAUUCCUGGGGCCGCAGGUGCUGCAGCAGCAAGAGCUGCAGCUGCAGCAACAGCAGCUGCAUCAGCUGCAGCAAGAGCAGCUGCAGCAGCUGCAGCAAGGGCAGCUGCAGCAGCCGCGGCAAGAGCAGCUGCAGCAGCUGCAGCAAGAGCAGCUGCAGCAGCUCCAGCUCCAGCAGCUCCAGCAGCUCCAGCAGCUCCAGCAGCUGGAGCGGCAGCUGCAACAACUGCAGCAGCAGCAGCAGCAAUUUCACGCGCAGCAGAUAGACAGCCUGCGCGGAAGCCCCGAAAGCUGCUGCUUCCUUUCUGCUGCUGCUGGCAGCCCAAUGAGUGUGUCUUCAGCUUCUGUGUUCCACGACCUGAGCAGCAGCAGCAGCAACGUCAGCAGCAGCAGCGGCAGCAACAGCAGCGGCGGCAGCAGCAGCAGCGGCAGCAGCAGCAGCGGCGGCAGCAGCAGCAGCGGGGGUGCGCUGCUGCGCUACUGCAGCAGCACGCGCCUCGUGAGCCCUGCAGCAGCAAACCACUCCCCCUUUGGAAGGACUUCAACUGAGACGGAGAUUGAGAGACUGUACGAGAGGCCGGCCCGCGGUGCAGCAGCUGCUGCUGCAGCUGCUGCAGCUGCUGCGGCUGCUGCGGAGAGUGCUGCUGCUGCUGCUGCUGCUGCUGCGCCUGUUGCUGUUGAAGCUGCCGCUGAAGUUGCUGGGCCCGCUGCAGAGGCUCGCGGCGCUGCUGCAGCUGCUGAUGCUGCAGCUGCUGCACGGGGCCUCCCUGCAGCAGCUGCUGCUCUUGCUGCUGCGGGGCCCCCUCUCUUGCCUGAGGGGCCCCUCGUGUUGGGUGGUGUUGCUGCUGCAGUUGGCAGUGGG